AUGGUUUCAAGGGAAGUUUCCUCUUCGGGUCAGGUAAGAUUUUCGUUACUUAUGAUUUAUUGGAUUAAGUUUUAGUCGAGGAUUAUUGGAUUAUGCUUAAGGAAUCCGGAUAUUGCUUAUGCUGGAGAGAAAGUGGUUUUAGUAACUUACGAGGAACGUCAUGUUAGAACAUAUCACGAUUGGAUGGAGGAUGCGGAGAUCAGACAGAAGACAAAUAGUGAGCGAUUGGAUUUUGAAACGGAAUGUCGGCAGCGAAUACCUUGGAGAAGACACAAAAAGCGAGGAACGUUCUUGAUUAUGGAUAGGAAAGCGUUUGAAGAGAACAAUGGGGAUGAGGUGAUUUUUUAAAUAUUUUCUUCGCAGUUUUAGACGGUAUUGUAAAGGAUUGGUAAUGACUGUACCAUUUUUCAGUUUGAAUCUUUGUUGGGAGACACGAAUUUCAUCCAAUAUCCCGAUUACAUCGAGAUCCUUGUUAUGGUCGCUGUUCAGAUGCGUCGAAGAUGUGGAAUAGGGUCUGAAGCAGUUAGGAUAAUGUUAUAUCACAUUUCUCAUUUCCGACAGGGAAGGAAAAUCAUGGUAAAGAUCAGCUGCGACAAUGUUGAGAGCAUCACCUUAUUUGAGAAAUUGGGAUUCGUCGUGACAGAAAAGAGCGACGUUUUCAAAGAAGUGACACUGGAAUUGCCUGAGGAUGGGUUGCAGACCCUUUUAGAAGACGUUCACAUUUGUUAUCAGAAUAACAAGCUCAUUGAUGAACUGUAUUCUGUCUCGAGGAGCUAUGACAUCCAUGGAGAUGACGUCUCGGACAGCGAAAAUUGA